AAGUCUGCACAUACUUUUUUGAAGAAUUGAUGGGUAUAUAACAUGGGAGAAGAUUUGACAACAAUUGGUGUUAAAAUUCAAUCCCCAUUUUGAGGAUAUUUUUUCAAUAAGGAAAAUGCUUCAACCGAUCCUUACUCCCACCAAGUGGGUUUCUAGCACAUUUUAUGCUGAAUCUUGAAUCAUAUAUUCAAGAGGCUUCAUGUAUUCUAAAUCCUUCUUAAUAGUCUCCCUUCAUGUCAACUUCAUGGAACAUUUUUUUAAUAAUUUAACAAGACAUCUGUAACAAUGUUAGGUCUUUGCCAGAGUUGUCUCUGAUAGAGGAGACAUCAAUUAGAGUUUCACUUAUUCACCUCCAAAAUUGAAGUCAUUUUCUCAUAGCCAGAUAUGUUGUUCAUCCAAAGAAGAUCUUUGUUUUGGUAUGCUUUUAUCUUUCACUAGUAUAACAGGUUUUUAAACAAAUUUAUGACAUCAAAUUAACUCAACGUCAGUGUACAGGUGAAUUGUAAUCAAGAAAUUUUUGUUGUCUCAGGGAAAGAUAUUUACAGCCUGUUAUCUUCUUUACUACCAUUUUCGCUCAAAACUGGUAAAAUGUUAGUCUCAUUAUACGUAAUGCUUGACUUUGUUUUAGACUUUUGGACUCUGUUAGCUGCAUCUACAGGAAGGAAAGGGAUGCCAUCACAAGAAGAGCUUGUUCGUGGCCCUGUAAUCCAUAAGGAAAAGAAAAAGGCAUUCCAGGGUCUAUUCAGCUCCGUCAUCAAAGAUUUUACUAGCAGUAAAGAAAAGCAUGUGCCCCUUAUGGAAAAAGAAGAUCCCAAAGAAAGUAUAUGGAAACUCUCAGCAGUAUUCUCACAUGCAAACUUUGUAUGUAAUGAUAAUGUUGAUAAGCUGACAAUGGAUGAAAAUCAGCUUGAAUUAAACAUAGAUGACAUUGGCCCAGAGGAUCAUGGAGAAAAACGCAAAGAACAAACCAUAUUGGGAUUCCUUAAUAAGAAUAAAUUGCCCGGCACAUUUCAGUCUUUGAAAGGUUUGUUGUGACAACGAGUUCAAUUUUAUAAAAAUUGAUUUUCCUUAUGUUUCAUCAUUUGACCUAAGAAAUAAGCACUUGAAGUCUAGAACUACUGUGCAUGGGAUGAAACAUGAGCUACACUAGAGGAUUUAUAGAGGUCAGAAUUUCAUGAUCGCCUGUGUGUUGUCAUUUGAUUCGUGGCAAAAUACAAAGGUCAGUCUAGAACAAACUCUGUUGCGUAAAUGACCGAGAUGAUGCUUAAUGAGUUUAUAUCGAUCCAUUAUGGAAAGAUGAAACUGUAACACCUCAAUAUGCUUUAACAUGUCAAGGUAUGUUAAUAUAAUUCAAGCAUAUGUUUUAUACUUUUUUGGAAGAAUACCAACUUAAGUGGAGGAUAUUCUUACCAAAAGUAGAAGAUAAACUGAGGGGAGGAGCACAAAUGCCAGCUUGAUUCUUUUCUACUAUACUAAUUUGUAUUCCCAAUUUUUUUUUAUGAACACUACGUUACUAUAACUAAAACUCUGGCAACUAAAAGUGCAUCCGUUGAAUUUAGCAAACUACACUGUGUGAUUGAAUUACAGGUUUUCUUAAUUGCUAGCUAAUUUAAUUGAGCAUCCAAUAUACAGGAAGAUUGAAAGAGAUGAAGGGAAACAACCAAAAAACAUCAGAUAAGGAAAGGCAACAGGAUGAAAAAGAUGGCGCGCUGGAUCAAAUUAAGAAGAAAUAUGGAUUUUCUUCUUCCUCCUAUGAAUCUGGUGCUACAGGAAUCAACCGCUGCUAAACGGGCACGAAUCAAGCUGCAUGAAAACACAAAGAAAUUGGGGGUAUCUUUUACCUUGACAAAAAACGAAAAAACAGUUAGAAUUUCGUUAUCCUAUGCCAUUGUAAACAAGAAAAUUUGGGGGCGAAAAUCCAGAACUUAUUUGUUUACAUAUCUUCUAACUUGGCAGGGUAUCAACCUUCGUGCCACAGAGAUGCAAGAUACAGCAAAAUCAUUUUCAUCAUUGGCAAAACAAGUGCUGCAACGAAGUUGAUAAGGCCCAUUAUUUAAUUGAUUACACUUAGAUCAUACAUUAUUUUAUUUAUUUAAUUGCACAUAUAUUCUUUUUAAUAUUUUAUACACCAGUUUGUUCACAAUUAUGUUGAAUUCAUGCUUCAUUUUACACUGAUAGCGGCACUGACAUGUUGU